AUGUCUUCUAUGCGCAACGCCGUCCAGCGGCGCAACCACAAGGAGCGUGGUCAGCUCGGAGGACGUGAGAAAUGGGGUAUUCUCGAGAAGCACAAGGAUUACUCGCUUCGCGCAAAAGACUACAACGCCAAGAAGUCAAAGCUCAAGCGCCUCGAAGAGAAGGCGCGCGACCGUAACCCCGAUGAAUUCCACUUCGGUAUGAUGGGAGACAAGGACCGGACACAGGGACGUCAUGGAAGAGGCACCAUCGGACGAGACUCUGCUGCGGCUCGCGGGUUGAGCCACGAUGCUAUCAAGCUUCUCAAGACACAAGACAAAGGCUACCUGCGAACAGCUGGUGAGCGCAUACGUCGGGAAAUCGAGCGCCUGGAGCGCGAGCAAGAAUUGCAGACCGAAAUGAAUGAAUCCCUUGGCGUGAAGACCCAACAGAAGAACGAGGACGAAGAUGAGUUUGAUGGCUUCGACUCCGAUCUUGACGAUUUCGAUUUCAGCGCCCCGCCAAAGCCUAAAUCAAGCAAGGUGGUGUUCGCCGACGACCCAAGCGAACAACGGGCUUUGAAGAAGAAGCGUAUUCAAAAUGAUGACUCUGUGGACGAAGAUGAAGACGAAAAGCCUUCCGACACUAAAAAGACCGCCAAGCAAAUUGCAGCGGAGCGCCAAAAACUGCAGGAGAUUCGUCGGGCUCGCAAGCUCCGAAAGCGGGCCGUUGAGGCCCGAGAGAACAAGCUGAAGGCGCUGCGCAAGCAGUUCUCCGAGAUCGAGGCGGCUGAGCGGGAGGUCGAUUACCAGCGGUCGAAGAUGGAUAACUCCGUCGGAGGCACGAACAAGAAUGGCAUCAAGUGGAAGAUUCGUGAGCGCAAGCGCUGA